AUGGGAGCUUUGCAGAUUGCUGGAUUUUCCAUCCUUUUCUUUCUCCUCUACUCUGGAAACACGCUGGCAAAUAAAGCCAGUCAAGAUGUCGACGAGUGCGUGGAGGGCACCGACAGCUGCCACAUCGACGCCAUCUGCCAGAACACCCCCAAGUCCUACAAGUGCAUCUGCAAGUCCGGCUACACCGGCGAUGGGAAGCACUGCAAAGACGUCGACGAGUGCGAGCGGGAAGACAACGCAGGCUGUGUCCACGACCUGGACGAGUGCUCGGAGGGCAACGGCGGCUGCCAGCAGACCUGCGUCAACAUGAUGGGCAGCUACGAGUGCUUCUGCCGGGAGGGCUUCUUCCUCAGCGACAACCAGCACACCUGCAUCCAGCGCCCCGAAGAAGGAAUGAACUGCAUGAACAAGAACCACGGCUGUGCCCACAUCUGCCGGGAGACCCCCAAGGGGGGCAUCGCCUGCGAGUGCCGCCCCGGCUUCGAGCUCACCAAGAACCAGCGUGACUGCAAACUGACCUGCAACUACGGGAACGGGGGCUGCCAGCACACCUGCGACGACACCGACCAGGGGCCCAAGUGCGGCUGCCACGCCAAGUUUUUGCUGCACUCCGACGGGGUGACGUUCAUAGAAACGUGUGCUGUGAACAACGGGGGCUGCGACAGCAAGUGUCACGACGCGGCGACGGGCGUGCACUGCAGCUGCCCCAUGGGCUUCAUGCUCCAGCCCGACAGGAAGACAUGCAAAGACAUCGACGAGUGCCGGCUCAACAAUGGCGGCUGCGACCACAUCUGCAGGAACACAGUGGGCAGCUUCGAGUGCAGCUGCAAGAAGGGCUACAAGCUGCUCAUCAACGAGAGGAACUGCCAAGACAUUGACGAGUGCUCCUUCGACCGGACCUGCGACCACCUCUGCAUCAACACCCCCGGCAGCUUCCAGUGCCUCUGCAACAAGGGCUACACGCUCUACGGGCUCACCCACUGUGGAGACAUCGAUGAAUGCAGCAUCAACCGGGGGGGCUGCAAAUUCGGCUGCAUCAACACAGCCGGCAGUUACCAGUGUACCUGUCCCGCCGGCUGCAAGCUGCACUGGAACAAAAAGGACUGUACAGAGACUGCCACUGCGCCAAUCAAGCAGAAGGCUUCCUUCAAGAUCAAGGAUGCCAAGUGCUACCUGCACCCGCGGGCCAAGGGCAAGCAGGACGAAGCCGGGAAGGCUGGGGCGCAAGGCGGUUCGGCGCCUUGCUCCGACUGCCAGGUCGCCUUCGUCAACCUCAAGUGCGACUCGUCCAAGAAAGGAAAGGGCCGCAGGGCUCGCAACUCCUCCAACAAGGAGGUGACGCGCAUCACGCUGGAGUUCGAGGCGGAGAUCAAGCCAGAGGAGAUCACAGCCAGCUGCAACCUGCACUGCCUGCGACAGAGAGUGGAGAAAAAGCUGAAGUCGGCCAUCAAAGCCCUGAAGAAAUCCAUCAACCAGGAGCGGUUCCUGCUCCGCUUCGCAGGGAUGGAGUACGAGGUGGCGAGGAAGCUGAGCGUGGCCCCGGAGCGGCAGGAGAGUUGGCGGACGCUCUGCUUCCCCUGCGGCGGGGGGCUCAGCACCCGUCACGAGGGAGCCCUCUCCUUCCAGGACUGCGACACCAAGGUCCAGUGCUCCCCUGGGCAUUACUACAACACCAGCGUCCAUCGCUGCAUCCGCUGCGCCGUGGGCACCUACCAACCCGAUUUUCGGCAGAAUUACUGCAUCACCUGUCCUGGCAACACCACCACCGACUUCGACGGCUCCACCUCUGUGUCCCAGUGCAAAAAUCGGCAGUGUGGGGGAGAGCUGGGUGAAUACACGGGCUACAUCGAGUCCCCCAACUACCCAGGGAAUUACCCCGCCAACGUGGAGUGUACCUGGAACAUCAACCCGCCGCCCAAGCGCAAGAUCCUCAUCGUGGUGCCGGAGAUCUUCCUCCCCUCCGAGGACGAGUGUGGCGACGUCUUGGUCAUGCGGAAAAACUCCUCCCCAUCCUCCAUCACCACCUACGAGACGUGCCAGACCUACGAGAGGCCCAUCGCCUUCACCGCCCGCUCUCGGAAACUCUGGAUCAACUUCAAAACCAGCGAAGCCAACAGCGCCCGGGGCUUCCAGAUCCCCUACGUCACCUACGACGAGGACUACGAGCAGCUGGUGGAGGACAUCGUGCGGGACGGCAGGCUCUACGCCUCCGAAAACCACCAGGAGAUCCUCAAGUGCCACCGGCAGCCCGAGACAUCGCGGGGGCCAUCGAUCUUGCAGCCCACGGGGCUGGCACCGGCCGCAGCCCCGCCGAGCACUUUUGCAGAGGAUGGCAAGAAGGUAACGCCGUAUUUCUCACAGCGCCUGGGUAUCAGCAUCGCUUUGCAGAGAUCGGGGGAAAAAGAAUUUUAA